AUGGACAAACCCUCGAAGCGGCGCUCGCUGGCUCACACGCGAUCGCUUCGCAUCGAGUACCUCGCGAAAGAGCAUCACAACACCUACCUCGAGGUCAUGUCCAAGCGCGGUCAAUGGGAGCGCCAUGGAUUAGGCGGGGAGGCACUGCUGGAGAGCCUGUUUGAACAGUGCCGCGAGGAAAGGGAGGAGCUCGACCAGGCCUUGGCCAACAUGCUCCACAUCGGAGGGUCUAUCAACCUAUUUCCCAAACUCGAACCGGUCGCCGUCGGUUCGGUGUACGAAGACAAAUCGGGAGUUUGGGCAGCGCUGGAAACCGCCGAGGAGAGCACCGCCCAUGGCCCCAUGCCACCCUGGAGACAAUCCUGCCUGAGCUUCGACUCUUUUGUGCACACGCACAGGCUCAAGCACGUCUGCGUCCGAAACCCCUCGGGUCCGUUGACGUUCGACCGGACGGACUACGCGGGCGGGUGGUCCAACCAACCCCCUCCGUACCUCCGCACGGUGCACUUCAACGAAACGGAUACAUCAAUCCCCCUGUCGUACGGGCUGCCGACCAGGUGGAUAUCCGACAUCAGGUCGGACGAUCCCUGGGUCGAAUCCAUACCACUUCCAUACGCCAAACUCAUGUUUGCGGGGGGCUUGCUCGGCGCCCCAGCGAGAUCAAUCGACGAGGUCGGACCGGAGCUGUCGGAGCUGGAGCAGCAGACCAUAUCGACCAGUAUGGGGCAGCAGCUCCAGCGGCUGUUGCGCAUAAAGAGCAAGAGCAAGGGCAAGGGCGAACCAAAAGUCAACUGGUACCCCGCGUCGGCCAUUCCGAUCUGCUCAGCGUGCGAAUCGGGUCGGCCUGCAUGA